AUGUUGCUCACUACAGUGCUCCUGUUUGUGCUGCAUUUUGUCACCGCUGAUAUACCCCCGUACAUCAAGGUGUGUCAGCGAAAUGACCCUAAUGUCGACAAAUGUAUCAUGAAUUCUGUUGAGGAGUUACGGCCUAAGAUGAUUGCGGGUAUUCCAGAGUUGGACGUACCUGGUAUAGAGCCAUUGAGUCUUGGUCAAAUUGCGCUGGCUCGUGGACCUCAAGGUGCUAAGCUGACUGCUGUCGUCAAUGAUGUUAAAGUUCGAGGCCCUAGCAAUUUCAUUAUUGAGGAGCUGAAGUCCGAUUUAGACAAGAACAGGUUUGACUUUAAGCUGCUGCUCCCAAAACUGGACUUCGCUGGAAAGUACAAGAUGGAUAUUCAGGUUUUGCUGCUACGUCUUCAGGGCAGAGGAAAUAUAACAGGCACUUUCAAGGACUACGCGUGCAAUGUUACCAUGAGAGGGCAUAAAGAAAUUCGAGGUGAAGAAGAAUAUCUUCAGUUUGAACCCUUCAAAGUAAAACUUCGUGUGGGUCAAUCUUCCAUUUACUUGACUAACUUGUUCGAUGGCGAUCCAGUUCUGGGACCUGCGACUAACAGAGUAAUCAAUGAAAAUUCGAACGUAUUCCUAGAAGAAAUUAGACCGGUCCUAGAAAAGAGCCUUGGAGAACUCUUUACAGAAAUGGCCAAUAAAAUAACGUCUAAGUUUACUUAUAAAGAACUAUUUCCGUGA